AUGAAGUACGAAAUCGCCGCCGCUGCCCUUAUGCUGGGCUUGUCCACCGCUAGUCCAGUCCACCAACACAACGCCCGAGAAGUUCCUCAGGAGCAUUCGCACAACAAAUUCCUCGACUCGGUUCGGGCAUCACUGUUGAUCAACAACCCUCUCAACAUCCAAGAUCCUGUCUUCGGUCUUCUAGGCGACGCAGCUGCAGCAGCAGGCGCUGGGGAUGUCACUGACUUGGCCUGCCUACAACAAGAGACCGCUGAUACAGCCUUUACCAAUGCGAAGGCAGCAGGCGAUGUCGGCGCCAUGGCAGCUGCGCUUGUCUUCCGAGCAAUCGAACGAAACACAGGGAAAGUCGGUCUAGCCAGCGCUAUCUGCACCCAAACUGCUGCAAACCCCGAGAUCGCAGCCAUCACGCAGCACCAGGAUCCUGCCUCAGCUGGUGCCGCUGAUAUCAACAAGGGUAUCACUAUCGCCCUCGCUCAGCAACUAGCUGGCAUUGGUGCUGAUCCGCUGCUGGCUUUGGAGAGUGGCACGUUUGCACCAGGAAGUCUCGACGACAAUACUGGGAAAGGUAACACUUGUGAUACCGCGGAUGAUGAACCAGGUUGCAUAUUCAGCCAGAGACUCCUGGUCUUGGACGCCACACCUGACGAAAUCAGUUCCGCAGUCGCCGACAUCACACCUACGUUCACUGGGACUGGAGGGAUCAGUGCCACGGACAUCGACUUUUCCGGCCUGUCCGUUGCUGCUGCUACCGGUGUCGUUUCGGUUGAAACCACCGCGACAGCGGUGGCGGCGGUGGCGACCACCGAUGCCGUCGCCACGGGUGAAUGCACGGUCGCAGAAGCGACUUCGACAGCAGCAGCCGCAGCAGCUUCAUCCUCAUGCACUGUCAUCACUACCACGGUGGCAGCCUCCAAUGUCGGAGCGUCGACAGUGACCUCGGUCGCAGCAGUCGCAACAGGUGGUGCAUCAGGCACAAACGUGCAGACCUUUACCGGCUCGCUCGGAGGACCUCCACCACCAGUUAUUUCCACCGCGGGCGCUGCACGCCCCUUCUCCGUCAACGGCAAUACCUUCAUCAACAUCGGUGCCGCGCUCCAACGUUCCUGCGCCAUCCAGCAUAACGCCUGUGCCGAUGCCGCCAACUCUGGUUCACUGUCCGGCGGUGUCGGCCAAUGCGAGACUCAAGAGCAAGAAUGCAACGCGGCAGGCGGGGUGACAAAGAAGCUUAAGGCUCGCGCCGCCGGCGACUUCGGCACCUGUUCCGACCCGACCAUUCUGUUCGAGAACGGUCUCGACGGCCGAAACACUCCCGCCUUCAUCGCCGCUGAUCAAACAGACUUCAACCACGGCUCCGCCCUGAACAUUGCUGUCAUCGCCGGCUUCAUCUGCCAGCGUCUCGGGUCUCCUUGUAAUGCCCCCGCCGAUGUCCAGGCGUCGUGUACCAGUGCAUCUGCCGCUGCUGUGGCCACCACCCAGAACCAAGCAGCCGCCGAUGUGUUUAACAGCAUCAUCGGUGCCAGUGGCGGUGGUGGUGCUACUACUACUGUCAGUUCUGCAGCUGCGGUUGCGGUUACGUCUGCCGCCGCGGCCUCUUCCAGCGCCAUCGUCAUGACCAUCACAUCUUGCGCUUAA